AUGAAGUUCUCAGUUUCCCUCCUCCUUUCCCUCUCCUCCAUCGCCCUAGCUCUUCCUGUCGCAGAGACAGAAGUCCGAUCCGAAGCAGUAGCGGAUAAAACCACGACUGAUCACCUCGCUUCGACCGCGCACUUCUUUGAAGAAUCAGCCGUAGUAGCUGCUGCCGCUGCCUCAGCUACACCCAGUGUUGUAACAACGGAAAAUGGUCUCACAACUGAUGCCUGCAAACCUGUUAUUGUGAUUUUUGCAAGGGGUACUAAUGAAGAGGGAAAUGUCGGCCAAGAUGUUGGACCUUACGUCUUUACCGACUUGAGAGCUUCACUUACUUCCGCCAAAGUAACAGUACAAGGAGUUGACUACGCCGCCAAUGUCCUCGGCUACCUCGAAGGCGGUGACCCAACCGGCUCAACAACCAUGGCCAACCUCACCAACACCGCCGCCGCAAAAUGUCCCUCUGCAAAACUCGUUCUCUCCGGCUACUCCCAAGGUGCCCAACUUGUCCACAACGCUGCCAAAACACUCUCUGCAGCUGUAACGGCCAGAAUUGCCGCCGUAGUCAUGUUCGGUGAUCCAGAUAAUGGACAAGCUGUGGGUACUGUCCCAACAAGCAAGGUCUUGAGUAUUUGCCAUAAUCAGGAUAUUAUCUGCACUAAACUUGGAUGGUUUACUACUCAUUUGACAUACUCCGAGGAUGCGCAGACCGCGAGUGACUUUAUUGUCAAUGCUGUUGGUGCUGUUUAA